AUGUCGGUCAAUACCUUGCAGAUGGUCAAACUUACAGAUACUUCACUGCCAUCUGAUUUGAUGGCAAAAACUCGAGCGAGGAUAGAGCAAAAGUACAGUGCCAUGGAGGAUGCCCAGUCCAGACCCCAUUCAGUCCACUCCACAUACUCGCAGACAACCGAGGAUGCAGCCUCCGCCUUGGGAAAUCAUGCUGAACAUCACCUUACUGUCAGUCAGACAGUGCUGGUGGUUCCGAAGCGCUCAGAGAGCCCCAAUCCGAGUAUGACCGAAGAGACGACUUAUGCCCCUCGACUGGUGUCUUCAGUUGAUGCUUGUACUAACACAGACCCUCCAUACGAAUGCUGCCCAUGGCUGCGCAGACUGUGCCCGUGUCCACCCAGAGGCCUGCUGGCUACCAUUAUCACCAAAGUUCUGGGUAUAGCAGCCCUGUUCAUCGCACUCACGGUACGCCUGAUUGUCACUUUUGUUGUGGUACUGCGAGCCGGCUUUAACCUGAAAGAGAAAGUCUUCAUCGCUCUAGCCUGGAUUCCUAAAGCCACAGUACAGGCUGCCAUUGGCUCUACAGCUCUGGACAUGGCGCGCUCCAAGAAUGACCUUGAGCUGCAGAGGUAUGGUAUGGACGUCCUCACUGUGGCUGUGCUGUCCAUCCUCAUCACCGCUCCUAUUGGAGCACUCCUCAUCAGCCUGCUCGGACCUCGACUCCUGCAGAAACCAAAGAACCCUGAGUGGGCUGUCAGUCAAGGUGCUUUAUCUGCAUCGGGGACCCCGGUGACGUAUGAGAGUGCCUUGUGAUGUUUCUGGAAUGCUUCUGGGAAGUGACAACCCGACGUCCAAGGCUGCUGAUGAUCCUUUUUGUCUUCAAAGUGGAUUCUCAAACUCAUUAUUACUGCGACCCUCUGAAGUCAGACUGCAAAAGUGGCAGACUCGCUUUUCAGAUGAAGGAACCCAACUCUUAAUUUUUUUUUACCUUCCAAGGUGGAUGAAAACUCUCAAAUCACUCGCAAUAUUCCUUUUACAGGUGGGAUUUUGAAGGAUCGAACACUAUAGGGAUCAUUGUUAGCACUAUCAAGUACAACAACUGGCUUAUGUUUGUGUUGAUAGUAUUUGUUACAUUAGAUCUAUUACAGAUGAGUCUGCAGUGACUGCAUAUCAGUGUUACAGAAAGUUGUGUAGUGGUCAGUGCUGUCAUGACUAUGUUCGGAAUGGAAUACUAGCUUACAAUUUACUGAGCACUGUGCAGUAUAUACUGUAUACAGC